AUGGCCAGGAAAGAGAUGAAGGACACCAGGGGAUUACAAUCUUCAUACUCUGUCACGGUUCCGUCUGUCUUCUAUAUUCUGAAAGCAAAUAGCCAUCGCAAGAGCAAGCGAGGAGUAGUUGUUUGUUUGGCCGUCUUGUCGGAAUUAAGUGGGACCCAAGUCAGGCACCAUCAGAACAGAAAAGCAAAAUCUCCAGGGGACGGGAGGGAGGGAGGGAUGGCGGAUGGAUACAAUGUCCACUUCUUCCAACGGCUAGGCACAUCAACUAGUGCUGGCCGAGUCCAAUUGAUUGCCCUUGAUGCAUCGGCCAGGAACGCCCUGACAUGGGAGCUUUGCUUAUAUCAACCUGACAGCUUGACGAAGCUGCAUGUCCCUCUGGCUGGUGCCCGCUCAACUUUCCCCUCACUUUCAAAAAGACUCAAUCCCUUCACCGACUUUUACAACCUGCCGCUACAAGUGGUCCAUCAAGCUAGUCAGGUUGCUGUCCCACCCUACUCCGUCGCGACUCGAAGUCAGGGUCCGAUCAACUCACUAGGGGGCUAA